GAUGUUUCUGUACCAACAAGUGCUACGGUUGAAACCUCACAACAAUCUGACUUCUCUGCCAACGAUCUUUAUGCAUCACUGGAAUUACCUAAUGAAGCUCUAAACUUUUGUCAUUACAAAGUUUACUCAUUGACUAAUAAACUGGCCGAAAUCAAGCUGUUACUUUCGACCAUCUCCAGUCGCAGGAAUGGAAAACCGAACUUAGUGCUUGGAAUAUCUGAAACAUUUUUAAAUGGAUCUUGGUCUGAUGCCUCUCUGGAAGUGGACAACUAUAACAUUCAUAGCUUAGACCGUGCCGCGAAUAAAGCGGGCGGAUUGCUAGUUUACGUCCCAUUGCACUAG